UGAUAUGCCACCCCCACCAUUUUCUAAGUUUAUCCAAGAAAAUGACAGGUUAAAAAGUCGUUGUUUUAUUUUAACUCAAUUUAAAACAAUUGUUUGUGACUAUGGCUGUGCUGGCUGCUGCCGCCCUUCUGGAUGAAUUGAUGGGAAGGAAUCGGAACAUAGCACCUAACGAGAAGGGCAAGGAGCUGAACUGGGAAGACGCAGACUAUUGCAAGUAUUACUUGGUGAAGUUCUGUCCACAUGAUUUGUUUGUUAACACAAGGGCUGAUUUGGGUGUUUGCACAAAGGUCCAUGAUGAUGAGGUGAAGAAGCUUUUUGAACAGUCCAAAGGACACAGAAAAAUCUAUUAUCAAGAAGAAUUUAUCAGAUUUUGCACAUCUAUGGUUAAUGAAGUGGAUAGGAAGAUUAUAAAGGGUAAACAACGAUUGGCUUUGAGUGGCAAAGGAGAGGGAUCAUCUCUGACACCUGCUCAAACACAGAAGAAUCAGGAGCAGAUAGUUCUGCUUAAUGAGAGAAUAAAUGGUCUGGUGGAGGAGGCUGAGCAGGCUGGGAAUAAUGGCAAUGUUGAACAGGCUCAAGGUUUGAUGAAGCUAUGUGAUCAGUUGAAGGAUGAGAGGGAUAACUUAAAGAAACUUAAUGAUAACAGUCACUGGAGUUCUACUGCUGAAUUGGCAGCAGCACAGGAGAAACAAAUGGAGGUGUGUGAAGUGUGUGGUGCCUUUCUGAUUGUUGGUGAUGCGCAGCAGAGGAUUGACGACCAUUUGAUGGGGAAACAACAUGUUGGUUAUGCGCGUUUGAAAGCGGCCAUCGAGGAAAUCCAGGAAGUUGUGGAUACGCAACGCGAUGAACGCCGCGGUGCUCGAGGCAGUUCCAUGGAGGAUCGUAGGGAAAGGCACUCCAGCAGACCAUACAAUAGAGAUAAUGGGAGAGAUAAAAAUGGAAGAGAUCGGUCAGAGCACGGGAAUGACCUCUACAAAGAACGCAAGGAUAAGGAGAGAAAAGAUAGAGAUCGUGACGAUAAGUACAGGAGGGAGACGAAUCAACGGAGCAAAGAGCGAGAACGCGAACGGGAUCGAAAGCACCGCCCGGACCGUACCACUGAAAGGGAUCGAAAUCGGGAUAGGGAUCGUUCCAGACACUCUCAUCGCCGAUAAAUGUUCUUCAUAGUUUUCGAGUUAGACCAGUAAGAGUGGCCCAGAUCAGCAGCCGUUGACCAGACAAUCUCGAAUCUGUCUCGAAUGUUGUUACUCUUUCGUUCCCUGACAAUAUUAUCAAAGAGGUAUUUAUAUAUCACUAAGUAAAAAAACCAAAAAGAAAUUUACCAACAAAAAAAAAACAAUUUUUACUAUUUAGUAUUGUGCAUUUUGAUCCAUUAUUAUUAUUUUCUUGUUUGUUUAAUUGGUGUGCUAUCUGUGAAUCAGCGACAGCAAGAAUUAUUAUUUCUGCUCGAGGUAUUUAUUUACUUAUUUUUUUUUUAUAUAAAUUGUUGUGUCACCGAAACAACGACAACAAUUAAAAGAUGAAGACGAAAAGUUUCUUCUCUAAUUUGUGCGUUGUUGUUUUUUUUUUAAUUCCACGGAAAUGUAUGUGGACCAAAGUGAUAAGAUAGCAAAACGAGAUGUGUGCUUCAAUUUAUGUUGGCUUGGGUCUUUGCAGUUGUGAUGAUGAUGAUGUCGGUGAUGAUGAUGAUGAAACAAACACAGGUGAGCCUAGUGGUUUUUGGGUUUGGUUAGGCCAUUAUGGACGAUCUGUAAAGUUAAGAGAGAA